UGUGUGUGGGGAGUGUACACAUACUAUUUUAGCUUUUUCCAAAUCCUCCUUCUGAGUAUCCUGACAACAUAAACGUAAUAGAUUCUUUUAAUUUUCUUUGAUUUAGCAUGACUGCUAUAUUCCUGAUAUCCAUGAUCUUUGGCCUUGCAUAUGGGCAAGCAAUGUCUUUUUGCAUUCCAACUGAGUAUACAAUGCACAUCGAAAGGAGAGAGUGUGCUUAUUGUCUAACCAUCAACACUACCAUCUGUGCUGGAUAUUGUAUGACACGGGAUAUCAAUGGCAAGCUGUUUCUUCCCAAAUAUGCUCUGUCCCAAGACGUCUGUACAUAUAGAGACUUCAUCUAUAGGACUGUAGAAAUACCAGGAUGCCCACAUCAUGUUGCUCCUUAUUUCUCCUACCCUGUUGCUGUAAGCUGUAAGUGUGGCAAGUGUAAUACUGACAAUAGUGACUGUAUACAUGAGGCCAUUAAGACAAACUACUGUACCAAACCUCAGAAGUCCUAUCUUGUGGGAUUUUCUGUCUAA